AUGCCCGCCCCUAUUUACACUUAUGACAACACGUGCCCCGCCGAUGGAAUUGACAAGGAGCGGUGGUCCAACUGGACCAUUGCCUUUGUGAUUCUAUUCGUGUGGCGCUACCUCCGCCAGGUCGUGCAUCUCGUGUCCUUUUGGAUGUACCGCCCGGCCGAGACUUUGACCCUUCCGACAAUCACCAGCCGUGACGUAACGGUGAUUGUGCCAACCAUUGAUCCUAAUAAUGCCCACUUUCAGACCGGCAUCAUCAGUGCGGCCCGCAACCUGCCCUCCAAGAUUGUUGUGGUCACCGCUGGCGAGGCCCUCCGCCGUGAAACUCUCUCCUGUUCUGGGGUUGCGAUCGAAGUCCUGGCGGCCGCGGAAGCAAACAAGCGGGUCCAGACCGUGACCGGCGCUCGCCGUGCCACAACGAAAAUCUGCGUGCUCAUGGACGACCAUGUCCUGUGGAAGGACACGUUCCUGGAGUACACGCUACCCGCUUUUGACCGUGAUCCCAAGGUGGGCAUUGUCGGGACCAACAAACGCGUCACUCGAGAUGAAAAGCACGACAACCUGUACCAUCGCAUCCUCAACAUGGUCCAGUGCCUCUAUCUCGAGAGACACAACUUCGAAAUCCGAUCGUCCAAUGCAGUCGAUGGUGGUGUCUUUGUCGUUUCUGGCCGCACCUCGCUUGUGCGGACGUCGAUUCUGCAGGACACCAACUUCCUCCGUGGCUUCUUGAACGACUACUUUCUGUUCGGCCUCAUCGGUCCCCUGGCGGUGGACGACGACAACUUCAUCACGCGCUGGUGCAUCGCCCACGGCUGGCGCGUCAAGAUCCAAUACCGCCCGGAGACCCUCAUCACCACAUCGCUUGGCAGUGCGGCCAAGUUCACCGGCGGCCUGAAACGCUGGGUGCGCACCACGUGGCGAAGCAACUCGACGAGUUUGACUUCUCUCCACGUCUGGUACACCCAGCCGUGGAGCGUCUACGCCGUGUACUUGUCGCUCUUUACCAACUUUGCCCUGUUCUACGAUCCUCUCUUGUUGUACGCCUUUGCCCAGUCGGACCUGUCCGGUUACCGCGCGAACGGUCCCGUCAACCCCAUUGGCUACAACGUGGAUGGAACCAUCGACCACGGCCGCGUUGGCGACAACAGCAUCACUGUCCCGUCGACCAGCCUCCUCUUCUCUCUCCUUCCUCUGAUUGUGUGGAUGUUUGCAUUCAAGAUGGUCAAGCCGUUUGCCUAUUUCCGGCGCCACCCCGAGGACCUCAGACUCCUCUGGGCCUACAUCUUGUUCACCUACGUCCACUCCCUCAUCAAGCUCAAUGGUUUGCUGACGUUUUACAGUGCCAAGUGGGAGGGCCGCAACCUGGCCUCCCUCAAUGCUGAUCUCGCAAAGAACCAGACUCACCAGGCUUACCAGACUCAACUUCCGCUCGACGUGCCCGCCACCCCCUCCACCGAGGAGACCGUCUUCCACGGUUUCUCGACCGCUGUCGAGGUCCACCGCCACACGGAGAUCCACGUCAACCCGCCCGCGGCGACGACCACAGUCGUCUCGGAGUCUUCGUCGGAGAACACCCGCCGUCCUGACCUUGUCCCAGCACAGUCGCCUGUCGCCAACCCGUUCGCGGUGACCGAUUCCGGCUUCGUGACGUGCAUUCUGGGAGACAUGUAUUUCGAUGAGUCUGACUCUGCUUCCGAUCAGUAG